AUGAAUAAAGCAACAAAGGAUCCAGCAAAACAGUUUGCACGGAAGCUUGAAGCAGCACCCGUGCUGGGAGCAGUGGCGGAUGUGCCAGAUGGAGAUUUGGGCGAAGAAGCGGGCGAAGAAGCGGGUGAAUUGGGUGAAGGAGCUGCGCCUGAUGGACCAGCAGCGCCACUUGGUGCAGCAGCAGAUCCGGGAGGUCCACCAGCAGCAGCAGUUCCAGUUGGAGCUCCAGCAGGUCCACCAGCGGGUCCAUUUGGUCCACCGGCUCCAGUUGGAGCUGUAUCAGAUGCACCAGCUCCUCCUGUUGGGCCUUUUAUCUUAUUAACUUUACGAGCAAUUUGGGAUUUGGCAGUUGAAAGGGGAAAUCUUU